AUGAAAGGCUUGUCCAGCAGUCGCAGUCACCAUCAUAUGCUUGCCUGUGAACCUUCUUCCUACGACCCCCUGGGCCACCAUGUGGACCGUAAGCCAUACCUCAUCAACCCGGUGGAAGUGCCGCACCCGGUGGAUCACUCCUACUAUCCCCGGGGAGGCUCCUACCAACCGGACUGCGUGGUGCCUUACGGAACCUUCCCUAGACGUCACUACAGCUCCCAUCACGAGCUGAAGGACGAGUGCGCCCUUGUGCCCUACACAGGAGGCGUUCCCGCCAAUAAGUCUAACCGGCUUCCCGUCGCCCUUCUGGACCAGUUCGACCAGCAGCUCCCGGGCGGACGCGACGGGUACCACACCCUCCAGUACAAGCGGACGGCUCUCGAGCAGCGUAACGACAGCCCCGGAAGGAUCCGUCACUUGGUCCACUCCGUGCAGAAGCUCUUCACCAAGUCCCAUUCGCUGGAGGGCCCGCACCACGCCCAUCACCACUCCAAAGGAGGCAGCGUGAACGGCAGCAAGGCCAGCCCCGAGAGCGAGACGCCGACGCUGCGUCACCGCAAGCGCAGCAAGAGCCGGGAACGCUGCAAGUCGGCCGAGCCCAAGCACCGGGCCCCGCCCUCGGGUUACUGGAGCUCCGACGACAACCUGGAGCGCGAGGCGUGCCUGUACCACAGCCCGACGGCCGGGGUGAUGACCAUGGGUCGACAUCCGGACAAGUCCCAGUCGCAGUACUUCAUGGAGUCCUACAACACCGUCAACGACCAGGCGAUGAAAAGCUCGCGCAGCAACAACGACAUGGUGAAGUGCUCGACGUGCGCCAACGUGCCCCUGAGCGUGCCGCUGAGCGUGGACGCGACGCAGCUUGUGAAGAAGAGCUCGUGGUCGUCCUCUCUCACGGUGAGCAGGGCACGUCAAGUCUACCAGAAGGCCUCGGUAAAUGUAGAUAAGGCGCUAGUGAAAGCAGGGACUUGUCAGCAGGAGCGCUCAUGCCAAUUCUUGCAGGUACCGCAGGACGAGUGGGGGGGGUUCACGCCGCCGGGGAAGGAAGACGACAUCCCGUGCAGACGCAUGCGCAGCGGCAGCUACGUGAAAGCCAUGGCCGAGGACGACAGCGGAGACUCAGACGGCAGCCCAAAGCCCUCGCCCAAAAUGCAGGCGCGACGGGCCAGCUACCUCAAAGCCACCCAGCCGUCACUGACUGAGAUGACCACUUUAAAGAUCUCCACAGAACAUUCUCCGAAGCUGCAGAUUCGAAGUCACAGCUACUUACGGGCGGUGAGUGAAGUGUCCAUCAAUAGGAGCCUGGACAGCCUGGACCCCAAAACUCUGCUCGCCUCGCCCCAAUAUCGCUCACGCAACGAGAGCUAUAUGAGGGCAAUGAGCACCAUCAGUCAGGUGAGUGAGGUGGAGGUAAAUGGGCAGAUUGAGGCUGUGUGUGAGUCUGUGUUCAGUGAGAUGGAAUCCCAGGCGGUGGACGCUCUGGACCUGCCGAUGCCUGGGUGUUUCCGCAUGCGCAGUCACAGCUACGUGCGAGCCAUUGACCAGGGCUGCUCUCAGGACGAGGAGGGGGGUCCCCUGCUCCCGGCCUCACCCCCCCGCACCACCACGACUGUCAGGACCAUACAAAGCAGCACAGUGUCAUCCUGUAUCACCACAUAUAAGAAGACCCCUCCGCCCGUUCCUCCGCGCACUUCCACCAAACCGUUUAUCUCCAUCACGGCUCAGAGCAGCACCGAGUCGGCCCAGGACGCGUACAUGGACGGGCCGGGGUCCCGGGGGGAGCCGGCCCUGCACUCGGGCCUGAGUAACUCCACAGAGAGCAUCGACAGCAUGAAAGCCCUGACCGCGGCCAUCGAGGCCGCCAACGCUCAGAUCCACGGCCCCGCCAGCCAGCACGUUAGCAACAGCACCGUCACCAUAACAACCAGCAGCUCCGUCCCUCUGUCCGCCCUGGAGGAUGGACGCAGGGAAGCACUCAGGAAGAGCAAGUGUCUCUCCAUCGGCAUUCAGGUGGACGGACCAGAGGAAAAUUUCGAGAUGGAGGACCAGUCCAAAUUCCAGUCAGUCGGCGUUCAAGUCGAGGAAGAGCGAGGUUACCGGCGUUUCCAGCGCUCCAACAGCGUGACGGCGGCCGUACAGGCAGACCUGGACCUGCAGGACUAUACCGACUGUCCGGCGGACUCUCUGGAGACGGACCUGCUGCCGUCCGGAUGCCUGUCUCGGCAGUACUCCCGUGACGCCGCCACCUCCACCGUCAGCAUCCAGGGCUCAGGGAACCACUACCACGCCUGUGCCUCCGACGAGUAUGACGACGUGGGCUUCGACCCGUCCAUCCUGCCCCCGCCCGACCCCUGGAUCGACAGCGUGACGGAAGACCCGCUGGAGGUGGUGGGGCGUUCCGUGUGUCAGAGAGACGGCCGCUGGUUCCUCAAGCUCCUGCAGGCGGAGACCGAGCGGAUGGAGGGUUGGUGUAGGCAGAUGGAGCAGGACGAGCGGGAGAACGACCUGCCGGACGACAUCUUGGGGAAGAUACGCAGUGCGGUGGGGAGUGCCCAGCUUCUUAUGUCUCAGAAGUUCCAGCAGUUCCGGGAGCUCUGUGAGGAGAACCUGAACCCCAAUGCUCACCCACGGCCUGUCUCACAGGACCUGGCCGGGUUCUGGGACAUGCUGCAGCUCUCCAUAGAGAACAUCAGCCUGAAGUUUGAUGAACUCCACCAACUCAAAGCCAACAACUGGAGGCCCCUGGACCCUCCGGAGAGAAAGGAGAGGAGGCUGCCUCCCCCCGUGCCAAAGAAACCCCCGAAAGGCCACCCUCCCCUGGCCAGAGAUAGGUCCCUGGAGAGCACGGAGAAGGUACGACAGGAGGCGCGAAAGCGUUUAAUGGCGGCCAAGAGAGCCGCUUCCGUGCGGCAAAACUCAGCCACAGAGAGCGCAGACAGCAUCGAAAUCUAUAUUCCAGAAGCCCAAACCAGACUAUGA